AUGUUUGGAGUUCCGCAUAAUGCCUGGGAUUUCACCACUUCGGAGUUGUGGACUGCUGCGCCGGCUCUUACAAUUAUAGCUGCGAUAGCUUGGGCUCUUCCGCUAAUCGCAGUUAUCACACCCGCUACUCUGAGCAUAGAGAUAUCCUCGGAGCCAAAUAUCACAUUAAUCGACAGUCCUAUUCGCAAUAUCGAUUACGAUCAAACUCUUGGUUUGGUGAAUGGGUAG